CUGCAUUCAGCUUGCAGAUCAGUGUUGAUACACACAUACAGUCACACACCCUUGGACUUGGUUCCACACACUCCCGCUCUAGGGAAAGGCUGUGCAUUGAGCGGGGGAACUGAAGCGCGUGCAUAUUCACAGGCUCAGCUGGAGAUACAUGCUUUCACCCUCACUCAGUGAAAAUACACGCUUGCAGGAACACUUUCACAUUCCAAAGCAUCCAAGCUGAGGAGCAAGAGGAGACAGUGACGGCACUCUCAUCCAGUAUCUGCACAGGUACAAACCAAAAAGGUGUGGAGCCUGCAGUUGGAGCAAGAGGAGGAGAAGAACAAAGCUCUGACAGAGGCUCUGGAGACCUUAUCAACCGACCACUACGAACUCAAGCAGUCCCUGAGUAAGAGCAGGAGGUCGUCCACCCUCAGUACCCUCACUGAAGAUGACUUCUAUGACGCUGUGUCAGGGUCGGAGCUCUCGGUGAGCGGCUUCCUGUCUGUGGCCAGUCCUUCCUGUGAAGAGGACGAGGGCAGAGACGCCCCUCUUCGCAGCAGUCUCCGCCGUCCCAGCGCACUCAGGGGGCCUACCGGAAUGUCAGGGGAGGGUAACCAUGGCAACCAACCCGCCCAGCAGAACGGAGUGGAGAAUCAAAGAACAUCACUGCCGGCUCCCAUGUUCUCCAGGAAUGACGUCAGCCUCUGGAGUAUCCUGAAAAAAUGCAUUGGCAUGGAGUUGUCAAAGAUUGCCAUGCCUGUGAUAUUCAAUGAGCCUCUGAGUUUCCUCCAGCGGUUAUCAGAGUACAUGGAGCACACCUACCUCAUCCACCAGGCCAACACAGCUACAGACUCCGUUGAGAGGAUGAAGUGUGUUGCAGCGUUUGCUGUGUCGGCAGUAGCGUCGCAGUGGGACAGGACUGGGAAACCCUUCAACCCCCUGCUGGGGGAGACCUAUGAGCUCAUCAGAGACGAUCUGGGCUUCAGGUGGGUGUCGGAGCAGGUAAGCCACCACCCUCCAGUCAGUGCCUUUCAUGCUGAGGGCCUCAAAGAGGAUUUUGUCUUCCACGGCUCAAUCUACCCCAAACUCAAGUUUUGGGGUAAAAGUAUAGAAGCUGAGCCCAAAGGACUCAUCACACUGGAGCUGCCCAAAUAUAAUGAAAGCUACACCUGGACAAACCCCACCUGCUGUGUCCAUAACAUCAUUGUCGGUCAGCUUUGGAUUGAGCAGUAUGGCAGUGUGGAAGUGAUAAAUCACAAGACCGGAGAGAGAUGCAGCAUGACGUUCAAACCAUGUGGCCUCUUUGGGAAAGAGCUACAUAAAGUGGAGGGAUUCAUCUUGGAUAAAAGCAAAAAGAAGCUCUGUGCAAUAUAUGGCAAAUGGACUGAUUGCCUUUACACAGUAGACCCCGCUGCCUUUGAUGCCCACAAAAAGAGUGACAAAAAGAAUCUGGAUGAAAAGAAGGGGAAUAAACAGAGCAGUGUGGACGAGGAGCCGGAGGAAGUUCCUCCACCUGACGCUGAGAGGGUGACGGUGAUCCCCGGCAGCGAGCUCAUCUGGAAGAUAACGCCACGGCCAGACAACUCCGCCAAGUUCUAUGCAUUCUCUUCCUUUGCAUUGCACCUAAAUGAGUUGGAGAAGAGCAUGGAGGGAGUGAUUCCCCAAACAGACAGUCGCUUCAGACCUGAUAUAUGCGCCAUGGAGAAUGGAGAUAUAGAUUUGGCAAGUGCAGAGAAGAAGAGACUUGAGGAAAAACAGAGAAUGGCCCGGAAAAAUCACACCAAAUCAACAGAUGAAUGGAAAAACAGGAGCGCUGCACUUGGUCCAAGGUGGUUUCAACAAGGACCCAACCCUCACACCAAAGCUCAGGACUGGCUCUACUCGAAAGGCUACUGGGGGAGAAACUACACUAAUCUAACUGAAAUCUACUAAUAUGUAGAAAAUACACACAAAUUGCAUACAAACGGAUGUCUUCUUUUACCACCUUUGAACUUUAACUGCUUUACUGGGGUUCAUGCAAGGGCUCCAUAGGAGAUGCAACUAUAGAGUGGUGCAGGAAGGAAUCCUUAAAUCUGUAAAUAAGUUAGCAUUUAACACUUCCGGAUCCUUUGUGAUAAAGUCAAUAUGUAUUUUUUUUAAUAUGCUUUUGGUGACUUGCUUUUGAUAUAAAUGACUGAGGUUGGUGAUUAACACUAGUUUAAGAUAUUGUACUGUUCUGUUGCUCUACAUAAAUACUACGCUUUAAGCUUUUACCUGUCUUUAAAUAGGUGGUUGCUAACAAGUGGCUAAAUUAAACUACCAAACAGCAUCACGCCAAACACUAGUCUGCCUUUAGCGUAGUGGUGGUGACCUCAGCUAUGCAACUGUGUAGAUUGUUUAUAGCCUUACGUUAGCUAUGGUCUCCUGGCGGUUGAAUGUAUGCCUCAAUAAUAGAUGUGGCUUUAAGUUGUUAAGAUUGUCUUUCUGAACAAUACGUGUACCGUAAUUUUCGGACUAUAAGGCGCACCUGAAUAUAAGGCGCAGCAGCGGCAUACCACUCUCGG